AUGCCGCCAUCUCCACUCAUCGCAAGCUCCGACCUACACACUCUCCUCCAAAACUUGCAUUCCCAGUCCCUCGCGCAAGAAUCAAAAGUGGACUGGAACACUCUCCCGAAGCAAUGCACUGACGAAUUUGAUGAUAUCAUGCGUGAUAAGUUCAUAGCGCUUGACCAGGACAAGUGCGAGCUGAUCUACCACGUCCUGCGCAGUAUAAACGCAAAAACAGUCGUCGAGGCAGGAACCAGCUUUGGCGUGAGCACUAUCUAUCUUGCUCUUGCCGUUGCGCAGAAUGCUGCGCGGGACUCGACCAAAGGCCGAGUCAUCGCUACGGAGAAAGAGCCUUCUAAGGCUUGUGUUGCGCAGGAGAAUUGGGAGAAAGCCGGGAAGGAGAUCGCGGGUGUGAUCGAUCUUAGAAUUGGGGAUCUGAAGGAAACCCUGACGAAAGACCUAGGAACGAUUGAUUUCCUUCUUUUGGAUAUCUGGACUCCGCUAGCUCUCCCUGUAGUCGAGCUUAUUCAGCCGUAUCUGAAACAUGGUGCUGUUAUCAUGGCAGAUAAUACACUGAAAGCGGGUGCUGGAUACGAAAAUUUGUUUGCUUAUGUGGAUACUCCUAAUAGUGGAUUUCGCAGAGUAACUCUUCCAUAUGCUGGUGGCUUGGACAUGAUUGUCUACCAGUAG